CAGGGUGAGAUGACAGAGUCAGAGGCAGAAAGUGGAGUAAAUUGAAUUACUGCACACGCACACACACACACGCACAUACACGCACACGCACACACACACACACACACACACACACACACAUAGCCAGCAAAGCAACAUGCUAACUGGGACUGUUAGAGAUACUGUAACCAGCUCUGGACUCCUACAGCUCUGUGCGUUUGUGAAGCACUGAACUUUCAACGAUUUGGAAACUGCUCUUCGACAUACGAGAGAGAGAGAGAGAGAGAGAGACAGAGAGAGAGAGAGAGAGAGAGAGAGGCUCUCACAUUCUCAAGUUGGCACGUUUAUAUAUUUAUAUAGAUACACACAUAUAUAUAUAUAUAUUUAUAAUAUAUAUUAAACCUUGUUUUUGGUCUCUCAUUCAACUUAUUCUUGGACGGUCCUUGCGCGGGCGAUGAGUGAGAGGAGGAGAUCAGCUGCUGCCCUGAGCUCCAGGGCUCACGCUUUCUCGGUGGAAGCGCUGAUCGGGACAAAUAAAAAGAGGAAAAUCCAGGAAUGGGGCGAGAAGACCAUGGAACUGAGCGUGGACAGUAUGAGCCCGGACUCAGAACUCGCAGACACCGUGGAUCCGAGUCAGUGCAUGGAGAUCAACUCGGAAUCCCAGCUAAGCUCAGAUCAGGAACAGAGCCCUGGAGCCACCAGUGAGAGCCCAGCCCAGCACACUUCCUGCUCAUACAGCUCAUCUGCAGAACUCACUCCUAACUCCACCUCGUCGCUACCCACUUCCUCAAUGGAUGAGAUUCAGAUGGAGCUACAAUGCGCUGACCUCUGGAAGAGAUUUCAUGACAUUGGCACUGAAAUGAUCAUCACCAAGGCUGGAAGGCGAAUGUUCCCAGCGAUGAGAGUGAAGAUCACAGGCCUUGAUCCUCACCAGCAGUAUUACAUAGCAAUGGAUAUUGUCCCUGUUGACAAUAAAAGAUACCGAUACGUAUAUCAUAGUUCCAAGUGGAUGGUGGCUGGCAACGCAGAUUCGCCUGUCCCUCCUCGGGUUUACAUCCAUCCAGAUUCCCUGGCUUCUGGUGACACGUGGAUGCGACAAGUCAUCAGUUUCGACAAACUCAAACUGACAAACAAUGAGUUGGACGAUCAGGGACAUAUAAUUCUCCAUUCGAUGCACAAGUACCAGCCCCGGGUGCAUGUGAUCCGAAAGGACUUCAGCAGUGAGCUGUGCCCGACCAAGGUGGUGCCUUCGGGGAGCGGCGUCAAAACCUUCACCUUCCCAGAGACUGUGUUCACCACAGUGACCGCUUAUCAGAACCAACAGAUUACGAGACUGAAAAUCGAUCGCAAUCCAUUUGCUAAAGGAUUCAGGGACUCGGGCAGAAACAGGACUGGUUUAGAGGCCAUCAUGGAGACAUACGCCUUCUGGAGACCUCCUGUUCGGACACUGACAUUCGAGGAUUUUACCAACAUGCAGAAGCAACAAGGAGGUAGUACAGGAACCUCUCCAACAACCUCCAGCCCAGGAACUCCAUCCCCUUCAGCAUCUUCUCAUCUUCUCUCUCCAUCCUGCUCUCCGCCCACUUUCCAUCUGGCUCCCAACACCUUUAAUGUUGGCUGCAGGGAGAGCCAGCUCUGCAACCUCAAUCUCUCGGAAUAUCCAGCAUGUGCCCGAGGCAACAUGGCAACUCUCCAGAGUUACCCUGCUCUAGCUGAGGGUGGGUACAAUCGACUACAAGCUCCCAGUGUCUCUGCUCAACCACCUUCAGAAACGUUCGUGCCACAGAGGACUUCUUCACUAAUCUCUGGAGUGCCUGCCCCAUCUUCAAUGCCAGGCAACAAUAAGAUGGAUGCCUACAGCAGCCAACUGCCACCCCUUACUGCGUCUCAGUUCCAAUACGUGAUGCAAACAGGAAAUCAUGGCGCUAACACCUCUUCAACCCACAUGUUUAGCAGUGGUCAUGUCCAACAAGGCUCUUACAAUGCCUUCUCACUACACAAUCCGUAUAAUCUUUAUAGUUACAACUUCUCUGCCUCCCCCAGGCUGGCAGCCAGCCCAGAGAAACUCGCUGCUUCCCAAAGCACUUUACUCUGCUCCUCCUCACCCAACGGCGCCUUCAGUGAGAGACAGUUCCUGUCCACGGGGAUGGAUGGAAUGCACAUGAUCGGCUCCACUCCUUCCCAGCAGUCUCAGAAUAUGUGCGACACCAGACAGUAUGCGACUGUCCCAGGGAGUUCGUCACAAAUGCCAAUGCACAUGGUAUAAAAGCAAUAUAUUAAAAAANUCUUUACCUGAGCUCCCCAUACAUGUACAGCACUAUGCACUAGAAACUACCAGGGACAGUAAAGAUAGUGCCUACAAAGCACAUUAAUACUAAUUAAUCUUGCUUAGUUGGAUGUCUCCUAGGGACAGCAAGGCAAUCCCUAACCACAUGGAGUUUCAUGCCUCUUCAGCAACAAUGAUAUUGGGACAAGCAAAUCCUAAACAAAAACACAUUGAGCGAGGCAGGCACAAAAUGUGUUUGGGUCCGUAUAACUGGAUAUGUAUUAUCCAUUUUCUGGAAAAUUGCUUGAACUUCCAGACACUGAAUGCUCUCAACUGGGGCACAGAACUCUAUUAUAAUAGAUGUAGGGAAUAUAUGUGUAUAUUAUUCACUUUCUAGUGAUGACAACGCCUGGGCGAUACUCCCUCUAAGGACCGAAAUCUCCUUUUAAGUUGGUUAAAGGGAUGAUGUAUUUAAUUCUUAGAAAUUGCUUGAUAUUUACUUCUUUACUUUGGUUACAGCACACAUACAUUAUCCUGUUUGUGUAAACUGCUUGAUUUCUGGAAACUGGACAAUUUGUGAUCCCUGCACCAAGACACACCGUGAACCAAACGAUUGAAGACUGUUCAACAUUUUCAGUACUUGAUAGUGUUUUGCCCUAUGUAGGCACUUUUACUGUGUUUUGGCUCAACCACAUUUAAUUCAAUACGGUUGGGUUUAGAAUUGUUUCGUCUCUAUUUCAUAGGCAGCCUUACUGUACCUGUACUGUUGUGUUUCCAGAGUAGCCUAUUGCAGCAUCCCUUUGUGUUUGGACCUCAAAAGAAGCUGUUGCUUCAAUUUUCUGAGAGAAACAAGCCUGUUCCCGAGCUCUUUGUUUUUCUAAAAUACAAAACUGCAAACUGAUAAACUGUUACAACACUUAACUGGAAACAUUUUAAGAAAGUACAGGCUGUCUGUUAGUUUAAGAGUUCACUGGAAAGAUAAUAGGGAUAGGUCUAAUAGUGUGCAGUAGAGCCAAUUGUGAUACUCCAUUACAAUGAAAUUGACUCUUCAUCCAGUUGUUUCUAUUAAACAUAUGUGUACUGAUCUGGCAAGUUCUGAUCUGGCAAGGUGAGAUCGGGACCUAAAGUCAUUAAUCUAUUCCAUUCUAUGAUAAAAUGGUAGCAAUGGUAGCUGUCCAAUUGAGCUCCUUAGGACUGGGUUGCAGUAGAUAACCAUAACUGAGAAAGACACCCAAUUUAUGGGUAAUCUCUGGAACCUAGCUAUGCACCCUCCACCCCCUGCCCCCCACCUCCACCCCAGCUUGUCAACACUUAUUGUAAAUGGUGACAAAACUUGGUCAAACACAUAUUGUGAAAAUGGGUUGAGAAAUUGUGUUUGUAUACUCUUUAUACAAAUGUAUUAAAAAUGCAUUCACCCCAUUCCCCCCACACUUCGCCCUCCCCCCAAAAAAUGAGCAUUACAUUUCAGUGCAUAAAGGGGUACGUGUUCAAUGACAUUGUAAGGGGAGGUUAAAAUGCGCACAUGAUAUCGAUUCAACACCUCACUCCUACUUUACAUUGGAUGCUUAGAUCUGCUCAUGAAACUUUGCACUGAUCCGAAAGAAAUUGUACCCUUACAGAAGUGACUAGACCUAUCCCGUGAACCAGAUUUUCUGGUUGAGAAGGUCUUGACAAUGAUAGUAUCUGAUGGACUGUUUUUAAUAAAUGUUCCCAUUACCAGUGUGCUUAUGAUGUGGAUUGUGCUGUAGGAUUGGUGUGUUGCAAAAAAUGCAUGUUCAAUUCUCUGAGAGUUAAUGUGAUUGUGUUGGAAAUAGUCACAGUUCAAUGCUAAACUUAACUAUGAAUUUACUUACUGUAAGACAAAUGUGAUUGAGAUCCGUAAUAGCCAUUCAACACUAUAAAUGUCAAUUGGAAAAUGCAAACCACGAUACAUCCAACUGUAGCAGAUAACCUCAUGUUUGGAAUACUCAACCCCAAUAGAUAUCUGGUCUAUGUGUUAUGACCCUGAUUCAAUGCAAUGCAGAGGAAGCACCACAUACCUUUUGAACUGGCAUUAAUAGACACAGAAGACAUUUCUGAAUGAUUAAUGAUUCUAAAUGGUUAAUGCUAAUACAAACGUCAUCUUGCUUCUGCAUCUUUGUUCUUUAAUCAAAUGUAAGGUUUCAGGCAUCGGUUUAUAUUUAAGUUUUUUUUUAAAUGAGAAUUUCCAACAAUAAUUGCAUCCAAACAGUGCUUCCAACCUUCCUAUGCAAAUUUCUGUAAAAAAAGUCUUCUUUGCUGAAGAAGAUGAAUAUAUCCCCUGCACGGCCACUUUUCCACUACAGCUGUUGAGCAAUAAUGGAUCUCUGUCUGCCUGACUUUCCUGUGUGCUGCACUUAAUUGUUCCCUGACUGGAAACAUUUGUCCAUGCAAUUCCUUAGACAAUUGCCAAGCUAGGUCAUUCCAUAAGAUGGAUGACUUCAUGGUCCACAGAAUCACUUUACAGACAAUUCUCAAAACAUUUGCGAGGGAACUCUGAGAAAAUUCAAAACCGUUCCAUGGAAGAAAAACAGCUUCCUGGUCAAAACAGCAACCUUACUGACAAACUCAGUAAGUUCCUGGAAAAGGCUCAUGAAAAGGUUCAUUCAACAGAACCCCCUAACAGUUACAUGCUUGGAGAGAAAACCCGCAGAGAAAGCCUACUGCUUUCUUACUUAGCAUGGUACACAACCCCUUACAGAAACAUCUAAUCUUAAGUGGCAAAGACAACAAUUUGGCUCUCUGAAGCAAAAAAUAUCAGAAAGCCUCAUGGAGAAUUUCCUGAACAAGCCAGUUUCUACUGUUGCUUCAUACACUUGAAGGAGGUUUCUCCAAAGGUUUUACUCCAGAGUAACACAUCAUAGUGUUGGAUCCAAACAAUAUACGUUCACUUAUUCUUCAAGUCUAUAUUUUUAUAUGCCAGAUUAGAAGUAAAAACACGACAAGUUUAAAGACUAUUUAAACUCCCCCUCAGCUGUCUACAAUGCAGUACUAGCUUCAGAUGAACAUAAGUUGCCCACUGGAUUAGAUAAGAGAGAAGAAUGAGUUUAGCAGCAUCAAGAGGGCUUCUGUAGCCUGAACAAAGCAUGACAUUAAGGGGCUCCCUGGACUAAAUGCUGCAUUAUGUUAGGGAUGUCUGUGGGCUAAACAGUGCAAUUAUAGGGGAGUUCUUUAGAUUGAAUAGUGCAUUACAUUGGAGAGCACUAAGGACUGAAUAAUAUAUUUUACUGGAGAGUAUGAACUGAACAUGGCAUUACAUAGGGGGAGCUGUAUGGAAUGAACAGUGUGUUGCACAUGGACUCUUUAUGUACCUCUGUGGAUAACAAUAAAUAAUUUUAAGUAACUUGUUUCUUUUAGGGACUCUGUCUUGACCUGCUCAGAAGGUUUGAACUGCAUAAUCAUGAGUGUAAAAUAUUAAUAAAUACUUUUAGUGAAGGGCAUCUGAA